AUGCCAUGUUGUGGGAGAUUCAUUCAUAGCAUAAGCAGGCGUGUUCUGCAGUGAAAUGCUUCUGGCAGCCUCUGAGCUGAUGUGGUGUAUUGAUUCUCUCAGUAUUCCCAGCCCAGGAGAGUGCGCAUACAUUGCCUGCUCAGCAAGACAUCCAACAGUAGCAUUUGCUGCCUUUCCCAGAGACUUGUCAGCUGCAGAAAUGUAGUGUAGCACUUUCUUUACCUCUCUCUACUUUUGCUGUCUUUUUUACCUUACAGGCAACUCAACAAAGGCUACUGCAGCCGCUGAGGGAGUAUAAGAUCCAGCACCAGUCUCUAUUAGAAGAGGGAUUGGGUCUCCAAUUUCCACCGCUGCUCUGCACACACAAAGGCACUGAAGAAAAAUGACAGACACAGUGAUUGGAAACUCUUCUAACCGUUGGAUGUGUCCCAAUGACAGACAAAUGGGUCUUCGAUCCAAUGCUCACAGUGAAAAAGGCCAACAUGAUUCCGGUUGGUCUGUACACCCAGCUAACCAGGGUGAUCGACAAAGAAAACAUGAAGACCUAACUGAUGAGGAGAAAGAGAUUAUCAACCGAGUUAUAGCAAGAGCUGCCAAAAUGGAGGAAAUGGAGCAGGAACGAAUUGGGCGUUUAGUCGAUCGGUUAGAGGAUAUGAAGAAGACAGUAACUGGUGAUGGUGUAAAUCGCUGCAUUCUUUGCGGGGAGCAACUCGGCCUGCCAGGAGCAAAGUGUGUUGUAUGUGAAGACUGCAAAAAGAAUGCUUGCACAAAGUGUGGAGUACAGACCAACAGUCGCCCUCACACUAUCUGGCUCUGCAAAAUAUGUAGUGAGCAGCGAGAGGUGUGGAAAAGAUCUGGAGCUUGGUUCUUCAAAGGCUUUCCAAAACACGUACUUCCACAACCAAUGCCAGUGAGCAAACAAAAAACCCAGAACCCUGACUCUACCACAUCAGAAGCUCCCGAACAAAAACGCUACCCCCGUAGCCAGGCCAGAGGUCAGGCAGAGAUUACGCCUCAACCGGAGCACGAAUCCUACGGUAAUGGUUCAUCUACGGCUCCACCCGGCAGAGGGAAUUGUCCUCCUCCAACCCGUAAGCAACCAGAGUCCCGGAUGACAGUUAGUGGUGGAGAUAGUGGUGCAACUGACAAAGAUGGAAAGGACUACACUUACAGCACUGCUGAUAAUGAAAGCAACAGAAGUCCUGGAGGUGCCAGACGUCCCAAUGCAGGCCCAAAUGCAAGACCUGGUCCUCCUGCAAAUCAAAGUCCCAAUAUACAGUCUGCCCAACAAGCUCCUCCAGCAAGUGGCAGAUCAGCACCAAGGCCAGCUCCAGCCAACAGAUUUCCAGAAGAGCAAGGUGGCCCCCCUGCUCCUGCUUCUCAGCCGCCUGAACAACCGUACAAGCCGGCAGUGUCUAGGGAAGAUAAACCCAGUGGUUUCACAGCACAAGGUGUUAGAGAAGACAGACCUCUUCGCCAAACCUUAUCAUACUCUGCUGCUGUGCCAACAACAGUCACAGCCUCUGCCCGGCAGUCACAACAACAGGAAGAAGAAGAGGAAGAAGCCAAUAGCUAUGACUCUGACGAAGCAACUACAUUGGGAGCUUUGGAAUUCAGUCUUUUAUAUGACCAAGCUAAUAACUCUCUUCAUUGCACCAUCAUAAAAGCUAAGGGACUAAAACCAAUGGACUCAAAUGGUUUAGCUGACCCAUAUGUGAAGCUGCAUCUUCUACCUGGGGCCAGUAAGGCAAACAAACUGCGCACUAAAACUCUCAGAAACACUCGUAAUCCAAUGUGGAAUGAGACUCUGGUAUAUCACGGAAUCACUGAUGAAGAAUUACAGAGAAAGACACUAAGAAUUUCUGUUUGUGAUGAGGACAAAUUUGGUCACAAUGAAUUCAUUGGCGAGAUAAGAUUUUCCUUGAAGAAGCUAAAACCAAAUCAGAAAAAGAAUUUCAAUGUCUGCCUGGAGCGAGUCAUUCCGAUGAAGCGUGCUGGAACUACAGGAUCAGUUAGAGGCAUGGCUCUUUAUGAAGAUGAGACAGAUCGUGGAGGAGACGUAGAAGACAGAGGAAAGAUUCUGGUGUCUCUUAUGUACAAUUCUCAGCAAGGAGGGCUUAUUGUGGGCAUUGUACGCUGUGUUCACUUGGCAGCAAUGGAUGCUAAUGGCUACUCUGAUCCAUUUGUCAAACUUUGGCUGAAACCUGAUGGAGGCAAAAAGGCCAAGCAAAAGACUCAAAUAAAAAAAAAGACCCUCAAUCCGGAAUUCAAUGAGGAAUUCUUCUUUGAUAUAAAACACAGUGACCUGGCAAAGAAGCAGCUAGAUGUAUCAGUCUGGGACUACGAUAUUGGAAAGUCUAAUGAUUAUAUAGGUGGUUGUCAGCUGGGCAUCAAUGCCAAAGGAGAACGCUUGAAACACUGGUAUGAGUGCCUGAAGAACAAAGAUAAGAAAAUUGAACGCUGGCAUGUUCUACAGAAUGAAAACCAUGUAGCCAGUGAUUGAAAGACAGCUGCAGUGUUUCACAAGCAUUAAUGCUCUGUACCAAGUCACUGUAAACUUUUUAUGUCUUGUCUUCCAAAGCAUUCACACUUUUAGCUUUUAGCGAUAGAAUUAAUAUAGUUGCUAUUAAUAUAUUCUUUAUCCAAUAAUAAAAAAAAAUGCAUUUGUGUAUGUCCUUGGGACAAAUGCUGAUGGAAACGGUACGCGUGUUUGUUGUUAAGCCUUCCCUUUUGCCAACCUCUGUCCAUGGUUCUGCCGAGCGCUACAUUAUCUCUUAUAUGGCACACCUUUCUGUCCAUUGCUGGUGAAUUAUAAAGAAACAUAUACUGUAUAAAAUGGAACUUUAUUUUUAUUCAAAUCUUUAUUAAGGCACAAUAUCUUUGUACAAACAGAUCUUACAUAUUUAACAGUGCACUUUUUGUCUUGUUAUAGAAAUGGUGAUUGCUUGUCUGAAAGGUACAGGUCGGAGCUCCUGUGCCCUGCUGAUAUUGAUAUUUCAGAGCACAAAACAGCAAUAUUAAUUCAGAUACUAGUUCUGCUUUUCCAGUUAGUAAUAAAUUGUAUUCUCUGACCAAAUGUUUGCACAGAAUAGUUUGGGGCCAAUAACCUUUAUCUCUUUUAGAUUGUACUCCCACAGCACUUGCUAUUAUUCCAAAAUUACUGGAAUUAUUCAUUUUCCACUAGGAUGCAUUAGUAGUUAGGUAUUCAAGCAAGCUUACAGCAGAAUGUCAAUUGAGUACAAGAACUUGAACAGCCCAAAAGGGAUUACAAUUAAAAUGUUACCAUGUAUUUUACUAUUAAAUAAAUAUGUACACAUACAGUAAAUGUUAAAGGGCUAGUAAACCCAUGGUAAUGCUAUAAACAAAAAAAAGUAUUUAGUUAAUAUAAAUAAACUAAUUUACUAAAUCUGAAAACUUUACAGAUGGCCCAGUUGCAGUCCCUUUCGCAUGGUCCCAAAAGUAGUGCUUCUGUUGUAAACACUGAUAUUUUGGCAAAUGCCUGUCUACCCUUCCUGUGUGUCUGGCUCCUUUAGCUUUGUUCACUGAAUAGGACAAGAAAAAGAACAAUGCCGGUUUAGCUAAUGAACUGAACCAGGCACCCAUCCUCCUACAUACAUGCCACCGACAUACAGGAAGGGGAAGAAGGCUCUCUGUCUGUGCCAAAAAGACACUUCCAGGACUAGGGACUGUGAAUGGGCACUCUGUAUAGUUUUAGAAUUAUACUAUGUCAAAAGUAGAUAUAUGACCUACAAUGUGUGCGGGUCUUAAAGUAAUAACCCAUCCUUUGCUUUUUAGAUAACAAUUGAACAUCCAUAAUUAUAGCUUACACACCUAUGUUCAUGUGAUAAUUAUGUAUUUCAAAACUAGAACUUAUAUAAAAAUUUAAGGUUUUGUUAACUAACAUUUUCUCCCAUAGCUAGGAGUGGUGUAAAAAUAAAAAAUAAACUAUACUUUCCUCCUCUAGUCCCCUACAGCUGCCCCUUCCUCAGGUCUCCACUUCUUCUUGGCAGCUAAUCAGUGCUGCCAUGGGCAAGCUCUAUCCAGAAUUCAUCUCCUUCCCCCUCUGGUAGCUGAUAAUAUUAGUCCCUUCUUACUUCUACUGCAGAAGCCAUCUUCCCAGCUAUACUACCAUGCUACUACAGAGGUUUAACUGAUAAACAGGGAAGAAAGCUAUUGUUAUAGGCUGCUCUGCCAACAGAAGGUUACUAUACAGAGAUAUGGCAGUGAGGAGAAUGAAUGAACAUGUGUGUCCACCAGCAUUCAGGUCAUUAGGUGGACGUGGACAUUACUAAACACUUUUAACACCAGAUGGUGCCAUAUUAUACAAUUAAAUAUCACAACUCUAUACUGGAUAGUUUUCUAAGAGCUUGUAUAUAGCAAAAAUUAUUACUUUUUACGAUCUUAAAUGACAGUAAUAUGGCAUUUACUGGUGGAGCAAUCUCUUUAACUAAACGGUUUAAGUAUAUUUAUGUAAAUGUUUGAUGUUGUUUGUAGGGACAGUAAUAUGGGUACUUACAAACUCAACUUAGUUAAUCUUUUACAACCAAUCUGUUUGCCAGAUCCUGGUCAAAUUGUCCCUAACACUAUGUAAAUGAUUUUAAAUACACACACAGUAAAAAGUAUAUCACUACUAAAAAGUGACUUUUCCCCUCUCUACCAUCAGUAUUGAAGAGAUAUAAAAAAAAAUUUAAAAAAAGGAAUUAGUAAAUAAAACUUUUCAUAAUAAUUCAAAUGUUUUGAAGGAUAUGAAUACAUUCAUUUUCAUUCCCAUUAUUCAAACCUAUUUGUCUUCAUAUGUUUUUAUUCAUUCACAAAUUUAGCUUUUGUGCGAAUAAUCACAACAAAAGUGCACUUUUUGCAAAAUAUUGAAUUUGAGUUAAUUCUCCUUGAAGAUCACUAAUACAUAUAACUAAGCAUACACAGGUACAGUUCACAUAGUUUGUCAUGGUGCAAAAGAGUAUAUUAAAAUGACAUUCACCUAGUAAAUACAUUGUAAAUGGUGGUGGUAGCACAUGGUAUAAAAUAUUUCUUGUAAUAUAUCUUCAAACAGACUUAACCUAAAGUGGAAUAUAUGGGAAAUAAUUUGAUAACAGUAAUAUAACAAUAGAUCCUAGUAGUAUAUGUGGUAGUACUGUCUUGGUGAAGUUUAAAAAUAGGUAUCAGUCUCACACUGCAUUUUCAUUAGUCUGAUGUUCUGUUAUACAGUGAAAUCUCUCCAAAAGACCACCUAUUUGCUUUAACAGAUUUUCAGUUCUUUUUUUUUUGUAUCCUAUGUACUGUAUAUUGGCCCUCCUCCUUGAAAGGACCAGCCUUCCUGAAGACCAUUUUUUACUACAAUUUGGGGAGUUCUUUUACCAGAGCCAAGGGCUCAUUUACGUAGUUUUGGGGAUAUGGCAGCCGAAUCCGAUGGAAGAAUUAAAAAACCGCCCGCUGCCGUAUCCCUGCAGUACCCAGUCUGCACCCCAUAUAUUUGAAUAAGCCAGACGGAGCCGACUCAUUUUUGUCCCAUAUCCCAUUUUGUUGCCAGACAGAAAACCAUGGUUUGCCACAGUUUUUAGUCCUGCAAUAAAACUCAUACAGUUAAAAAAUGAGCCGACCAGAGUCACUAUCCGGCUGCCAGAUCCCCAAAACAUGGCUGAAUGCCCACUAAGAUCAAAGUGACAACAUAAAUAUCUCCUUAAGUUACUAAUAAGAAGAAUGAUUCUUGAGUAAAGAAAUACUAGAUUAUAAGUGGAUUUAUUGAGGAUCUCAUAUUUGUGACUAUGAUAUUGUCAUGGCCACUUUCUGUUCCAGCUUUUCUUUACUCCAACUGAAUGUAUUGCAUUUUUGGAAAAGGAGAAGUCAGUUAGUCCUUGUCUGACAACAGGUUACGAGACUGGUAUUACAUGUAGUCACCUUGGCCUUAAUCACUUUUAAGAACUCAAAGAACAACUACAGACAUGUACUUUUUAGUAAAAUUUCAUGUUCUGAACACCGUUCCUCUCACAUGCAUGGUGGAAUGGACGUGUUCUCAACACCCUAAUAAAUUGCUGGAUUUAUUAUUAUUAUCCCUACCUAAAGUAUCUGCAGCAUUAAUGUUGUGAUAAGGGAAUAACCUGGAAAUAAUAGUCCAUCUAGAUGAAGAUAGAUUAAGUGCUAUUAAGCAGAUAUAUAUGUAUAAAUUGCCUCUGAUUUUCAACUCUACAUGAAGAACUUACAUCUUGAAUUUUCUAGAACUUUUUCUACACAGAAUCCAGCGUAUUGUUCUCUGCUUUUCAUAUUAGGCCUGAAACCGUCUGCUUGGUAGUUGUUACAGAAGCUUUAUUCUCAGUAGAACUUCAGUGAUUAAGCAUUGGUGCCAUUUGCAUGGUUUUAAUGCUUACCGUGCUGUAUCACUGUAUAUGUAAAUAUUAUAGUAUUUUUCCAUAUUAUAUCAUGUUCCUUUAUGUAAAGUUUACCAGUAUACUUGAUGAAUAUCUAAUCUCCUAAUCUGUAAAGUGUCACCUUUAUAUUGUUCUGGGAUUUAAUAGUAUUAAAAAGCUCACGUUGGUCUGUUUUAUCUCUGGGACUUUUAUAUCUUUUUAUUCCCUUUUUUAAAACAAACACAAUGAAAUGAGAAAGAAGAAUGUCAUCCAGGUGUACGUUAUGUGUUUCCCAUGCCAAAGCUUUACUGAAUUCAUUGGGCCUUAUUUCUCAUACCAUCUGACCUUGUUGCCCAUACUAGCCAAUCACAGAGCUCAAUUUUUCGACAGCAGUUUUUAAAAAAAAUGUAAUUGUGCUCAGAUUGGAAGAUUUUUGUUGCAAUGGAAAUUCUUUAUACGAGGCCCAAAGAUUUUCAAGAGUUAUGUCCGGGACUUAUGUAACUACCUUUCUCAUAAAGUACUUAAUCUGCCCAGUUAUCGUAGCCCUCCCUAAAUCAAUGUAAACCAAUUGCUUUAGCUGGUAGUCUAGAUUUAUAAAGCAUUCCAUAAAACCUGUACUGAAUUUUAUUUGGUGUUGAUGGUAUUGCUGGUGCAAUAAUGGAGUACAAUCUAUGUUAUUGUAAACAAUGUAAUCCGUGGUUCAGUUUGUGUGAACACAAUAGCAGAACAAUAUGUGCAGUAAUAUUGAGUGUACAUAGCCAAAUACCAGUAAUGUCACAUUAUAUACUAAAGCUAUCUGGGGCCCCAUUUAUCCUAUCGCCUACCUUGCUGCCUAUCGCAACCAAUUGCAAUACAGCAUUCAUUUCUCUAGAGUAUUCUUGUAAAUGAAAGCUGAGCUCUGAUUGGUUGCUGUGGGUGGCAAGGCUUUUUUGUUUCCACAAAUGAGGUCUAAUGUACACAUUUUUGCAGCCAUGCUUAUUGCAAUCAAGAGAUCUCUUUUAGUUUUUUGGGGCACACAACAAAAGUACCAAAAUUCUAUUGGCUGCUAUAUAACAUUGCCUUAUCAUUCACUUGUAUUAAAAUAUUCACAAUUAUAAUAUAACUACAUUGUGCUUCUUAGAAUUGUAAAGAGGUUGCACAGAAUUAGAAGGCAUUGGUGCUAUCUUUGAGAUUUAGUGCCACAUGCUGCCAGGUGUUUCGUUCUUUAUUGCACUAGGAUGCUUUAACAUGCCAUUUAAAAGGGAACCGGUCAUCACUUUCAUGCUGCUCAAACCACAAGUCAUAAGGUCCAUCCCCGAUGGCUUCUGCCCCACACCACCAGCCUGGAUUGAUAGAUAUCUACCUGUUUGUUUAUAAAAAGAGCUUUAUCAGGCUAAGGCAGCAGGUGGCUGGGAUGGGUUGUUGUGGAAGCUGUCAGGGACCAUCCCAAUGACUUGGUCAUCAUGAUGUGACGACAGGUUCCCGUAAUGCAGUUUUAAAGCCAAAGCAGGGAGUGGAUAAUAUAGGGAAUUCACUGACAAAUGUUCUACUUCUCACUUUUAAAUCCACUUCAAAAACUUCAUAAAAAACUGCAUAUAAAUGUCAUGUAUGAAAGUACCCUUUGGAUAUAUUCAUAUGUGACAGAUUUGUCACAGAGACAAUGGGGGAGAUUUAUUAUAACCUAUCCGGAGGAAAAGUUGCUGAGUUGCCCAUCGCAACCAAUCAGAUCGAUGCCUUCAUUUUUUAAUAGGCCUCUAUUAAAGAAGAGAUCUGAUUGGUUGCUAUGGGCAACUCAGCAACUUUUCCUCCGGAUAGGUUUUGAUAAAUCUCCCCCAACAUGUUCCUACUUGUUUUUUUUUUUUUAGUAGUUUCUUGAGCCUCAUUUUAAUCCUCAUUUUGGUUCCAAAAACAGCAUAAAAGGAGUGGGGAUAAGGGUAUAGGGCAGAUCUGCAAUACUAUACUCAACCUGUUUGUCAAGUGUGGCACUGUUUUUAGAAGAAAGCAGCAAUGUUUUUCUGAACCUUUACAAUCCUUUUUAUGUAGUUUCAUGGUGGCAAAAGAUGUGACAUUACCAGUUUUUUAUUAAUACAUUGUGACUGUGAGAGAGUUGACCUUAUGUGUGAAGAAUACUUCUACUGUAACCAGACAUAACUCCUAUUACUGAUAGCAUUACCUGCUUUGGAAUGAAUACACAGUACUGGCACUGAAAAUACAUUUUCUUGUCACAUUUCGCUUUCCAGACAAUCAGCAUUGCAAAUGCAGUCAUUAACUAGUUAAUAUUUGUCUUUUCUGAUUAAGAUUAGGAUCAUUUCUCCGUAUUCACUUGCAUAUUUCUUCACUGGAUUGGAUGCGCCAUUUUCAGACACAUCAGCUGAGCAGAAGUUAUUUGUUUUUUCUGUAAAUAACGCAUGCACAUAUGGACUGAAAUGGCGCAGAGACUUAUAUGCCGAUGUUUGCAUUUCAAAGAGCAUGAUAUGAAUUUACCAGACAAAGUAACAGACCUAAACUUAUGUUACCAAGAAUUUAGAAAUAAACUGUCUUCCUUUGCAUGCAGAUAGAACAUACUGAUUUCCUUAUGUGAUGUGUCCAAUAAAGAAAAACUCA